AAUUGUGUAGCGCUAGUGCGCGCAGGAGGGAAGGGUCCAGGAAGAGUUUGGGAAACCCUGUGAGACUAGUGUGCAAUAGGGUUCAAAGGCGCGCAAUAGGGUUCAAAGGCGCGCUUGUUCGACUCUCCUGCGCAUGCUCACUUCAGAUGAGACCGUACUGUCACAGUAUCAGCGGUAAUUCUCUAGGAGACACGCCCCAAAUAAUUUUAUUCUCUCAAUUCAGACAAUUAAACAGUUACCCACAAGUGUCAAGGACGAUACAUAGUAUUUACAAAGACACACAGUAACAUGUCGCGUAAAUGUCAUGUUAGUUUAUUUUCGAUUUUGUCGUUGGAAAAUCAGGAAUCAGUCUUGAGUCCUGUUUUAUCCAGACGAAGAAAGCGCAUGUGAGGUAGUCUAGUCUAGUCAGUGGUGGUACAGUACGAUGUGCAAACUCAAUGAGGAUUUUUAUUUUAUCAAGGCAAUGAUCAUCAACGGACAGUGGAUUGCACUCCUGCUUACCUUUCUAAUAGGCCUAAACACAUUAUUUUGUAAUACCGAAGAGGCAUCUUGCCAUGGAGCUUUUGAUAUUUAUUUCGUUUUAGACAGGUCUGGGAGUGUGCAUGAUAACUGGGGAGAGAUCUAUGAGUUUGUGGAGCAGCUCACCAACCGCUUUGUGAGUCCUAGGAUGAGAGUGUCCUACAUAGUUUUCUCAUCUAGAGCAGAGUUGAUUCUUCCACUAACUGGAGACAGAUAUGAAAUAGAUGAAGGCUUGAAAAAGUUAAGCAAAAUCAGACCGGCUGGUGAAACGUACAUGCACGAAGGCAUGAAGGCGGCAUCAGAGCAGAUGAAGGCCCAGGUCACACGGUCAUCCAGUAUUAUCAUAGCUCUGACUGAUGGGAAACUGGAAGUCUAUCCUUAUGAACUGACUGUAAAGGAGGCAAACACUGCCAGGGAGUUUGGUGCUAGAGUGUACUGUGUUGGUGUGAAAGACUUUGAUGAGAGCCAGCUUGUUGACAUUGCAGACAGCAAAGACCAAGUAUUCCCAGUGCUGGCUGGAUUUCGUGCACUCAAAAGCAUUGUGAAUUCGAUUUUGAAGCAGUCCUGCACAGAAAUAUUCAGGAUAGAGCCCACUAGUGUUUGCGUAAAUGAAUCUUUCAACAUCGUCCUGAGAGGAUAUGACUUCACCCGUGGCAGGAGCCAGGAUGGAGUGAUCUGCGUUCUCACUGUCAACCAGAAGACAUACAAUGAGAGGCCCAGUGUGGUGCAGAAUGGCUAUUUGUUGUGUCCAGCACCAGUGCUGCAUGAAGUCGGACAAUCGAUAGAUGUGCUGAUCAGGUUCGUUGGGGUGAGAAAGGCUCCACAGAGGAAGGUGCACGGCUCGAGAAAGCCAAGAAUGCGGUGGUCACAAUGGUGGAAGAGGAGGUGGAAGAACCUAUCAUUAGAAAACCAAUGCCUCAGAGACCACCCCCUACUUAUCACACCCCAGAACAGUCCAAAUGGUACACGCCCAUCAAGGGGCGUUUUGAUGCGCUGGUGGCGUUACUCAGGCGACAGUAUGAUCGAGUUGCUGUCCUGAGACCAACAGCACAGGACAGGGGGCGCUGUAUGAAUUUCACCCGAGUUCCCAGUCAUUAGGUCAAACAGUAAUCUUUGGACUAUGAGGCUAUGGAGAGAACAGGGCUAUGGACCACAUGCCUAAACAUCAUCAAUGUGCCUCUCUUUGGACUUAUUGUUUGUUUUUAUGUCAGCUUUAUUUAUCCAGGUUUGUCUUUGGAUAAAACAAACGUGUUUGGCAGCAUUCAAUAAUGUUAGCUUGCUUACUUGCUAUACAAUCCUCGUGUCACGGUUUCAUUUAAUGUAAUUUAUGUGUAACCAUAGAUCAAAGAACAUGUGGUAAGAGGAUAACUGUGUUAUUGAGUGCCUUCUUGUGUCUUUUCUUAUCAAGAAUGAAGUGUAUUUUGCUUGUCUUUUUUAUUUAAGCUCUGUUGUUCCAAAUGUGGUGUUGUAAAUAAAUACUUUUUCAAAAUUC